AUGGCGGCAGCCAGUGGACGGUUUAAGGAAGACAAAACACGCAAGAACCUGGGCUGGACAUCCGAGAAGAAGGCGUUCCUCAUCAAACAUGUUGAAGAAACACCAAGAGACCCCAGAACAUCUCUAGUGGAGUAUUGGAAUGAGAUUGCUGAAAAGAUCAAUGCCGCUUUCCCAGACAGUUCUAGGAAUGGGAAUUCCUGCAAGAGUGUGGCACAGCGCCUCCUUAUAGCUCCAAAUAUAUGUACUACAAGUCCUCUGGAAAAUGCCACUAACCUGAACAAUCUUACAGCAGAUGUUGCCACACAAACAGAUUUCAUAGCUGGGCCUGACCAAACAGAGGAUGACUGGAUUUUUCUUGAACCAAAAAGAGAAUUACAGGAGGGUGCUAGUAGGUCAGCAGAGUUGAUUCACAAGACAGCUUUGAAAAGAUUGAGACAGUAUGCCCCGCUUUCAAGAACAGAGAAAGCGUGCCGUAUCGACCUGAUAUAUAAUGCUACACCACAGCAGAUGGCCAGAACAAUGAUGGGUAUAACUUCACUUGGAGAAGAACUGAGAAAUAUAGUGUUAUUUGAUCUUGAGAUGGAGGCACAAGAGUGUGCAAACAAGGGAAGUGCACUGUACUUGAAACACUUUGACAACUUAAUCAAACUUAGAUGGGAAAACAUCAUAAACGAAAUGGUCAAAAAACAAAGUUUCCUUGCUCAGGUGCUCCUUACCAUCACUUUACCUAGAAAUAAGAUAGGUGACAGUAAAAGGACCCAAGACCUCGUCCCAGUGUUGGGGACAGCGUAUGCGAUCCUGAUGAAACAGAGAUACUCUGCUCUGUCUGGUGUACAGAAGAUGAUCUCAGUAGAUUUGCAAUUGAACAAACACACCAGAAGGUAA